AUGUCUAUCUUUUUAUCAACGGCCUCGUCGUUGUCCAACAGUGACUCUGUCCCAGGAGUAACUCUGGAUGUCCUUGUCGACCAGCUCACCAUCCCUGAUUACAUCAAUACCUUUGAGCAAAUCACCCGCACCAAAGUCUUUCUCAUGAUUUACCGGAAAUUCCUUCGACCCCGCGAACUUUUGGAAAUGUUCAUCGAACGAUUCGAGGAGUUGGGCGAGUUUGUCGAUGACGACGAUGAAGAAUCCAAGAACACCCGCCUCAGGAUUUGCGCAUGUCUGUACUACUGGCUCAAAAACCACCCUAAUGACUUGAUCCACCGUCAGACAAGACAGCGUGUCGCCUCCUUCCUUAGGGAGCGUGUCGCUCUCUUCCCAUGCCUGAGCGAGAUCUAUUCAGAGCUGUUACCGCUCUCCUCAAUCCACUACUUCAAUACAUGGCGCUGGCCCCAGGCUGACCACAACCCCGAUUCAAGGAGCUCGUCGUUUUCAGGACCCAUUCUCAACGGAUCGAUCUCGGAUGAAGAUUACGAUUCCGGAUUCUAUGAUACCGCAGCUACCCACUCUGAGCAGGACAUGGAUGAGGACAGGGAGUGGGGUCUCUUUGACGAGGAUGAAGCUGCCCCAGAUGCCAAAGUCUCGUUGACAACGGAGAGUCUUGCUGUGCCCUUCUCGUCCAGCAGUGUUGGCGCUGUCAGCAUUGGAGCCAACACUGGCGUGAACGUCGGAAACAACACCAGUCGCCUUCAGGCUCCGUCUUUCACUCCGUUACCUCGCGACCGUCGCUCAAGUACUGGAUCUCUUGCGCAUCAUAACAGCUCCCCCUGUGGCAUGGAAGCCUUUGUCGCCAAUCGUCGAGGCUCGGCUUCGUCCGUGUCGUCCAGUCAGUGUCACACCCCCAGCAAUCUUUUGGGUCUUGGAGCUUCUGGCAGCUUUGCAGAAGGAUACAUGACCCCUCUUCAGCUUCAGCCUAUGACUCCGAUUCCGUUCAUCAACAAGCGUAGCAGCAGCCAGGCGUAUCGUCAAAAGGUUCAACAGCAACAACAACAACAGCAGCAGAGAAACAUAUCGCCCGUGCCUCCGUUACACCAAGGAAUGGUUAGCACUGGAUCGAAUGCAGCUCUUGUGUUCAAGGACACGGUGGACGAGCCUGUUGGUGCUGGUGGUGUUCACCCACUUCAAGGAAAGGCGAACCCAUUGCCCUCACCUCCUGUGGAUUAUUUGGCGAUGAACAUGUCGUUUCUUGAAAUCCCUGAAGGAGCUAUUGCUGCACAGCUUACUUGCAUCGAGUUUUUACUCUUCCGAAAGCUCAAGCCAAGAGACAUGCUGCGCCAGGUCUGGAAGACAAGCAAGGGAUCGGCAGCGUUCCAAGCAUGCAUCGCCCAUUUUAACUUUAUAUCGUCUUGGGUCGGUACCAUGAUUUUGUCGCAGGCCAAGGUCAAGAACAGGGCCAAGAUGAUGGAAAAGUUCAUCUCCGUUGCCAAGCUACUACGCGACAUGGGAAACUUCAACACGACCAUGGCGAUUAUUGGGGCGAUGAACACAUCGUCGAUUCAUCGCUUGAUGCAGACACGCGAGCUGCUGCGGGGUAAGGAGAUCUGGUCCACAUUCAAGGAUCUCGAGCGCCUGAUGAGUUCUGAGCGUAGUUUUUUUGAAUACCGCGCUGCCCUCAAAGCCCAGAAGCUGCCAUGCAUUCCCUACCUCGGCGUUCAUUUGGGAGACUUGUUGUCGAUUAGUGAGGGCAACAGGGAUUUCCGUCAGGAUGGGUCGAUCCACUGGCAAAAAUUUUGUCUGUUGACGGAGGUGAUCUCGACGGUGAUGCACUUCCAGAUUGAGCCCUACAUGAUCCAGCCAGACCCCUUCAUCUCCCGAGCCAUCACAGAUACUCAUGUUUUGGAUGAUGAGGAGAUGUACACAAAGUCUGUGGGUGCUGAGCCCGGAAAGCUGCAUCACUCGAGAAGCCUGAGCAAGUUCAACUUUUUCUGA